AUGGAAAUACCCAUUGAGUCAGCUAUCAAGAAACCAAAGAGGUUGACAUCUAUUGUCUGGAAUCAUUUUGAAAGGGUUAGAAAGGCUGAUAUAUGUUAUGCUGUUUGUGUGCAUUGUAACAAGAAGCUCAGUGGAUCAAGUAAUAGUGGGACCACACAUCUGAGAAACCAUUUAAUGCGAUGUCUAAAACGAUCCAACUUUGAUGUUUCUCAACUACUUGCAGCAAAGAGAAGGAAAAAAGACAAUACCGUUGGCCUUGCCAAUAUUAAUUGUGAUGAAGCACAGAGAAAAGAUGAAUAUAUGAAGCCAUCACUCAUAAAGUUUGAUCAGGAUCUGAAAAAGGAUGAUAUCGUUACCAUUGCAAGUGGCAAGUUUGAUAAUGACCGUAGUCAUCUUGAUCUUGCCCGUAUGAUUAUAUUGCAUGGUUACCCGUUGACCAUGGUUGAUCAUGUUGGAUUCAAAGUUUUUGUUAAGAACCUUCAGCCGUUGUUUGAGGUUGUGCCAAAUAAUGACGUUGAGCAUUUUUGUAUGGAAAUUUAUAGGAAAGAAAAACGUCAAGUGUAUCAAGCGAUUAAUAGUUUGCAGGGAAGAAUUAACCUUUCUGUUGAAAUGUGGUCUUCUCCAGAAAAUGUUGAGUAUCUAUGUUUGACUGCACAUUAUAUAGACGAGGACUGGAAGCUACAAAAGAAAGUUUUGAACUUCGUCACACUUGAUCCUACUCAUACUGAGGACUCGCUUUCAGAAGUAAUUGGCAAAUGUCUGAUGGACUGGGAUAUUCACAGUAAGUUGUUUGCCUUCACAUUGGAUGAUUGUUCCACCGAUGAUGACAUUGUUCUGAGAAUUAAAGACCGGAUCUCCCAAAGUAGGCCUCUCGCGGGUCAUGGUCAGUUAUUUGAUAUCCGCUCUGCUGCACAUCUUCUAAAUUCAAUUGUGCAGGAUGUGUUGGAAGCACUGAGAGAGGUGAUACAAAAGAUUCGAGGAAGUUUCAAACACGUAAGAAGUUCACAAGUGGUACAAGGGAAGUUCAACGAAAUUGCCCAGCAAGUUGGAAUCAAUAGUGAGAGGAGAUUAACUCUUGAUUUCCCAGUUCGGUGGAACUCAACAUACAUUAUGCUUGAAACAGCCUUAGAAUACAGGGGUGCAUUUUCUCUCCUGCAAGAGCAUGACCCUUCCUACGCUUCAUCUUUAACCGAUACAGAAUGGGAAUGGACGAGUUUUGUUACAGGUUAUUUGAAACUUCUUGUUGAAAUCACUAAUGUCUUUUCAGGCAACCAAUCUCCAACUGCAAGUAUAUAUUUUCCUGAGAUUUGUCAUGUUCACAUCCAAUUAAUUGAAUGGUGCAAGAGCCCAGACGACUUUCUUAGUUGUAUGGCAUUGAAGAUGAAAGCUAAGUUUGAUAAAUAUUGGAGUAAGUGCAGUUUGGCUUUGGCAGUUGCAGCAAUCUUGGAUCCCCGAUUCAAAAUGAAGUUGGUGGAGUAUUACUAUUCUCAAAUAUAUGGUAGUACUGCUCUCGAUAGGAUUAAAGAAGUUUCUGAUGGCAUCAAGGAGCUUUUUGACGCAUAUUCAAUUUGCUCAACAAUGGUUGAUCAAGGUUCGGCUUUGCCUGGCAGCAGCUUACCUAGUACCAGCAGUGAUACUAGGGAUCGAUUGAAGGGAUUUGAUAAAUUUCUCUAUGAGACUUCUCAGAGCCAGAAUGUGAUAUCGGACUUGGACAAAUAUUUAGAGGAACCAGUCUUUCCUCGUAAUUGUGAUUUUAACAUAUUAAAUUGGUGGAAGGUCCACACACCAAGGUACCCUAUCUUGUCGAUGAUGGCACGUGAUGUUCUGGGAACUCCUAUGUCAACUGUUGCACCAGAAUCAGCAUUCAGCAUUGGUGGUAGAGUUCUUGAUCAAUGUCGAAGCUCACUGAAUCCUGAUAUUCGGCAGGCUUUGAUGUCAAUCCAUUCUCAAGCCAUUCUGCUGCUAGACCACUACUUAUUGAAUCAAGUUAAUUUUCCAAAGGUUGAUGGAUCAGAUAUUGGCCUCUAUCCCGGUGGUGUCCAAUCGCCGUUGACACGCUUAAAGCUGGGCAUCAACUAG